AUGUGGCAAGAACUUAUUAGACAUAAGAGAAUUCAUACUGGAGAAAAACCCUACAAAUGUGAAAAAUGUGUCAGAGGCUUCAGAAGCUUCCCAGACCUUAGCAGACAUAAGAUAAUUCAUACUGGAGAGAAACCCUACAAAUGUGAAGAAUGUGGCAGAGGCUUUACAAGCUUCUCAGAUCUUACUAGACAUAAGAGUAUUCAUACUGGGGACCCUAUAAAUGCAAAGAAUGUGGCAGAGCCUUUAAUAGCUUCUCAGACUUUACUAAACAUAAGAGAAUUUGUACUUGAGGGAGACCUUAUAAAUGUGAACAAUGUGGUAAAGCCUUUAUCUGCUUCUCAAACCUUGUUAAACACAGGAGAAUUCACAUUGCAGAGAAACCCUACACAUGUGAAAAGUUUGGUAGAGUCUUUAAGCUUCUCAGAACUUACUCAACAUAAGAGAAUUCAUACUAUACAGAUACCUUAUAAAUGUGAAGAAUGUGGCACAGUCUGUAGGUGUUUCUCAGGCCUUACUCUACAUGAGAGAAUUCAUACUGGAGAGAGACCUUAUAAAUGUGAAGAAUGUGGUAUAGACUAUAGGUGGUCCUCAGACCUUAGAAAACAUAAGAGAAAUCAUACUGGAGAAAAACAUUACAAAUGUGAAGAUUGUGGCAAAGCCUAUGUGUACUCAGAACUUACUAAUCACAAGAGAACUCAUACUGGAAAUAAGCCCUAUGCAUGUGAAGAAUGUGGCACAGCCUUUUCCCACCCCUCAACCCUUUUCAACCACAGGAGAAUUCAUACUGGAAGGAGGCCUUACAAAUGUGACAUGACAAUUAUUGGCCUAAAGGGAGAUGAGCUCCUGGCAUCAUUUCCUUGUAGCAUAUUGUGGUCCUCAACCUACCUACAAAGAUUCAACUGAAAGUCUCAGCUGGGAACUGUACAAGGCCUGGCAGGAAGAAUGGGGUAGAAUCCUGAGAAUGCUUCCCCCAUGGUGCUGAUGGGGAGGGACCACCAUCCCACCCACCGCUACAACUCUGGAGACACAGCUUUCCCAUCUCUCAUAUAGAACACAAGGCCCGAUCUGCAGGGAAAGAGCAUCCAAUCCUGAGCCAGAGGGAACUGUGAAAAAACUCACUGCAACUGAUGGCGGAGAAACAAGGUCAACACCCACAUCUCUGCCCAGAUACAUCUCCCAUAAAGAAACGAAAGCGUUAAUUUACAGGGCACUGUUGCAGACCCACUUCAACUGGAAGCUAGGAACAUGAACAAGGAGCCUCUCUACCACUGAGGGAGGGACGGGAAUGUGCUCUUAUCCUGGCAUUGCCUCUAUAGGAGGGGCAGGAAACUCUGAAGGUCAGUCACCCCACACCCCAGUUCACAGUGCUGAGUGGGAGGCUUCCUCAGAACAUCAGAGAUCUCCUCGUUCCCUCACCCCUGCCACCAGGCUAAGCAGCACGGAAUAAAAAGAACAAUGGAACAUAUUAUAGCUGGGCCGAGUGCAAGAGACCAUCUCUGGUAAGCAGCACAAAGGGAAGGCACAGCAAGCCUGGGCGAUAUUAGCAAAGUAUCAUGAGAGGGAUUUGAAUUUCCUGGUUCCCAGAACAUGGCUGCCAUAACAAACUCUAAUCCCAGCCUACCUCUCAACUAUGUGACCACAAACCCCUACCCUAAGGCGUACCUGAGGGAGAACUGCUCAUCAAUAACCUAAAAACUAUAUCAAUGUCAGUGAGCUGAUGAAAAUACAAAUUAAAAACCUAUUUACUCCAAUACACUAUCCUAUAAAAUAAUACUAUUGCUGUCAACAAAAAUUAGAAGCCAAGACAUCCCAUUUUAUGUUUAUGUGAGAUCUUUAUUUGUGUCAAAUUAAGGUCGGACUGCGGAGUUCAGGAGACCCGGACCGAGGUGACGCCGGGCAUCACCUCUCCUGCCCGCCAUGGCAGGAGUUCGCCUCCCCCGGGGAAGGCGAUCACCAUGGCAGGCGGCCUGGCGGGCGGCAUCUACACCUAUAUUCCGUUUCCUACCGAGCACGCGAGGACCUAGGAGCGCUCGUCCCCGCCGGGCACUGGGCAUGGGGGCCUGUGGGGCACAGUGACAGCCACGGCGUCCUGGGCCUGGACAGCAGCCUCAGCUCUCUGCUCUGCGGCUCCAUUUCCGAGGCAGCGUCAGGUUCGGGAAAUUCCAAUUCCUCCUCACCCAGACGGGGGAUGUCCAGGGACUGCUGAACAUCAGGUUCGGGCUGCUGCCUGGCCUGGGCUCCAGCGUGGUCGAGGCCGUGGUGGUCGUCCGUCCUAUGGAGACCAUCGAAGUGAAGUUCAUCCACCGCCAGACCUCCCCAAACCCCAAGAACAGGUAAUUCUUCGGGGUUAGGGAGAUUGUGCGGGAACAAGGGCUGAGGUGACAUACCAGGGCCUCACGGCCGCUGUGCUGAAGCAGGGCUGGAACCAGGCCAUUGCUUCUUCGUCCUGACCUCCCUGCAGCAACUGGUGCCAAAUGGAUAAGCCCACGAACCCGCUGAUCACUGGGGUCUUCUGAGCCAUUGCGGGGCACAGCCCACGUCUUCGGAAACGCCCCUCUGGACGGGAUCCAGACCCAUAUGCGGGGCCUGGAAGUGCACAAACAGGGGAACAGGGGACUCCAGCUGCAGAUCCCGAGGAAAGGGGCUCAAGGCCGUCACAAGGGCACUGUCCCCUGCCAGUCACUGACCAGGUCUGCCUGGAUGUGGCCACAGCAUUUAUCAUCUAGGAUGAGGUGGUGAAGCCGCUCAACAAAGUGUGGAAGAGGGACUAAGCCCAGAGGGGCUGCAAGGGGACGCUCCAGGCACCUCCAGUGGGGCCCCCACCCUUGUCUCACAGGAUUCCAGGGCAGAAGUGCCAUAAGGCGCCUCCCACGUCCCUUGUGCUCUGCAGCCUGCUCUGUGCAUUGUGGCAUCAAGUCCCUGUGUCCCACAGUGCCAUGUCUUCCUUGUGUCUGUGUGUGAAACUACCACUGUGUCCACAUGUCUGGCCCAGCCAUGGCUGGCUGUCCAUCUGGCCUGUGAAUCUGUGACCACUUGCCCAUGUGCUUACUGUGAGCCUGGGCCUGUGUUUCAUGUUCUGUGUCAUGUGACACUGUGCCCUGCCUGCCCUGGGGUACUUGUGUUGCCUGGGUCCUUGGGUCUGUAGGUCUGACUGGGCCCCAGUCUGGUGUCUUCCACCCUGCCCUGGCCUACCACAGCUGCCUCCAGGCCUCAGCCUGUUUUCACCGCAUUCAAGGGACUGCAACCCCACCUUUGCCCACCAUUGUCCUUAACUGGCCCCCUGGGCCUCCCUUGGCCCAGGAUAGGGUGGCACCCAGGACUCUCAGGACCACCCUGAAAAGGCAGAAUCAACUGAAUCCUGUUGAAAAAAGAACUGGAAAAGAUGAAGCAUGGAAGAAAAUAAGGUACAAGGAAAAGGUGUCAGAAGAAAUUAGACAUCACAUAAACUUUGAAUAUUGGAAAUAUAUGUUAAAUGUUUCAGUAAAAACAAAUGGAGAAAAGAGAAUAUCAAAAUAAUUUUGAGACCAGCCAUGGUGGCUCAUGCCUGUAAU